CUAGCCUUUACCCUUCUGCCACUCAACAAUAUGUGCCACGUGAUCGCAGUGACAUCGGAAGGUACUUUUAGAUACAUGGGAUCUAGUUGCGACCCUGCAGAAUGACAUAAAUCCAGUGUUUGCAAAUUAAAUAUUGUGCUAAUUCCACGUAAAGAUGUCUGGUUUUAGUCCUGAACUAAUCGAUUACCUGGAAGGGACUAUUUCUUUUGAGGAGUUUGAGAAGCGUAGAGAAGAAAGGCUUGCCAAUGAGAAACAGGAUUCUUUAGAAACAAGUGCAGAUGCUGCAGAGUGUAAUACAGACGACGCUAGUAUUCCAUCCACAUCAGGAAAAGGGCGCACAAAACGUCAUAACAUUGACGACGAUGAUGAUGACGAAGAGACCCCAGAUGGUGUUAGCAAAUCAAUUCAUCGGGCAUUUGCAUCAAUGAUUGGGGAAGAUGAGGACGAUGAAGAUGAGGAAGAGGAAGAAGAACAAGAUGGCGAAGGGGAAGGAAAUCCAGAACAACCUUCUGUUGGAGACGUGUUUGCCUUGGAAAUGGAAAUAGAUCGAGAAAAUAAAAAGAUGAUGAGAGAGAAGAGGCCUCGUAGUAAACUUCCUAGAGCUUUGAGAGGCCUUAUGGGAGAGGCUAAUAUUCGAUUUGCUCGAGGAGAGAAAGAAGAAGCCAUAAUAAUGUGCAUGGAAAUCAUCAGACAAGCCCCCCUCGCAUAUGAACCCUUUUCAACUCUUGCCAUGAUAUAUGAGGACCAAGGUGACAUGGAGAAGUCACUGCAGUUUGAGCUGAUAGCUGCUCAUCUAAAUCCCAGUGACACAGAAGAAUGGGUUCGCUUAGCAGAGAUGUCUUUAGAACAAGACAAUAUCAAGCAAGCAAUAUUUUGUUACUCCAAAGCCAUCAAAUAUAAUCCCACAAAUGUGCGGUAUCUGUGGGAGAGAUCAAGCUUGUAUGAACAGGUGGGAGAUCAUAAAAUGGCAAUGGAUGGUUAUAGAAGAAUAUUAAACCUUUUGUCUCCUGCUGAUGGGGAACGUUUUAUGCAGUUGGCAAGAGAUAUGGCUAAGAGUUAUUAUGAAACCAACGAUGUUGCUUCUGCAAUUGGAAUUAUUGAAGAAGCUGUCUCUAAACACCAAAAUCUUGUUUCUAUUGAAGAUGUCAACAUUGCUGCAGAACUAUACAUCUCCAACAAACAGUAUGAUAAAGCAUUAGAGAUUAUAACACAGUUUUCUGGGAUUACUCUUAAGAAAACGGAGAAUGAGACCACAGAGAAUACUGCAGAUACAGAGACUGUUACCUGUCACGUACCAGAUGGUGUCCCCAUUGAUAUCACAAUCAAAAUGAUGCUUUGUUUGAUUCACCUUAAUAUUCUGGAACCAGUAAAUCCCAUGUUGACAACCCUUAUGGAGCAGAACCCAGAGGAGAUGGGGGACCUGUAUCUGGAUGUUGCUGAAGCUUUCCUUGAAGUGGGAGAAUACAAUUCAGCACUGCCUCUACUGAGUGCCUUAGUCUGCUCUGAAAAAUAUAAUCUAGCAGUUGUCUGGUUACGACAUGCAGACUGUUUAAAAGCUUUAGGACACAUGGAAAAAGCUGCAGAGAGCUAUAGCAAAGUGGUGGAAAUGGCCCCUUUGCAUUUAGAUGCAAGAAUAUCGCUUUCAACACUUGAACAGCAACUGGGUCACCCAGAAAAGGCAUUGGAAGCACUGGAACCAAUGUACGAUCCAGAUACUUUGGCCCAGGAUGCAAAUGCUGCCCAGCAGGAACUUAAACUUCUGCUUCAUCGUUCAACGCUCCUUUUCUCCCAGGGCAGAAUGUAUGAUUAUGUAGACACCUUGCUCACCAUGCUUGCCAUGCUCUUAAAAAUUGCAAUGAAUCGAGCUCAGGUUUGUUUGAUCUCUAGUUCAAAAUCUGGUGAAAGGCACCUAUAUCUCAUCAAGGUUUCCAGAGAUAAAAUUUCUGACAACGAUGAGCAGGACACAACUAACUGUGAUGCAAAAGCGGUUUUUGCUGUACUUACUAGUGUUCUAACCAAAGACGACUGGUGGACUCUUCUUUUGAAGGCUAUUUAUGCAUUAUGUGACUUAUCCAGAUACAAAGAGGGUGAACUGUUAGUGGAUUCUUCACUGGAGUAUUACUGUUUUUAUGAUGACAGACAGAAAAGGAAAGAGUUGGAAUAUUUUGGCCUUUCUGCUGCAAUUCUUGAUAAAAAUUUCAGAAAAGCAUACAACUAUAUAAGAUUGAUGUUAAUGGAGAAUGUAAGCAAACCUCAACUCUGGAAUAUCUUCAACCAAGUGACCAUGCAUUCCCAAGACGUGAGGCAUCAUCGUUUUUGCUUAAGGCUGAUGCUUAAAAAUCCGGAGAACCUUGCACUUUGCGUCCUUAGUGGACACAAUGCUUUUGUAUCUGGAAGUUUCAAGCAUGCUCUAGCCCAGUAUGUUCAAGCCUUUCGAAUGAAGCCUGAUGAUCCAUUGCACAACCUCUGUAUAGGGUUAACUUUUAUUCAUAUGGCAUCACAGAAGUUUGUAUUAAAAAGGCAUGCACUAUUGGUUCAGGGAUUUUCAUUUUUGAAUCGAUACCUUAAUCUUCGUGGUCCUUGCCAGGAAGCCUAUUAUAACCUCGGCCGUGCGCUUCAUCAGAUGGGGCUAACUCACUUUGCUAUUCACUAUUACCAGAAAGCCCUUGAGUUUCCACCACUUCAGCUGAAGGGAAUCGAAGAGGAUCAAACAGAUCUUCGCAGAGACAUUGCAUUCAAUUUAUCUCUCAUUUUUCAGAGCAGUGGAAAUGUAGAUAUGGCUCGCAAACUUUUGUAUACAUAUUGUGUAAUAUGAUAUUGUGUUCUGCUUUUUCCCCCCUUUGAUUUGUUGUAAAUAUGUUUAUAAGAAGUAAUACAAAAUAAAGUGUUUGUUUUUUUAGUUUUUA